AUGGUUAGUUUAACUUUUAAAAAUUUCAAAAAGGAGAAAGUCCCUCUGGAUUUGGAACCUUCAAACACAAUUUUCGAGGCUAAGACUAAACUGGCUCAAUCGAGCUCGUGCGAAGAAUCUCAAAUAAAACUGAUCUACUCAGGUAAAGUACUUCAAGAUUCCAAAACUGUGUCAGAAUGUGGGCUAAAAGAUGGUGAUCAAGUCGUUUUCAUGAUUUCUCAAAAAAAAUCAACAAAGACCAAGGUAACAGAGCCUCCAGUCGUUCCGGAGACUACCGCCCCUGCCAGAAACGAAUCUACAGAACCAGCAACCGCCAGUACGGACGCACCCGCCACCGAAACCACCACCGCUGCUACCGAAGGCUCGCAACCACAAGAAGAGCAAUCCUCUACUACAGAACCAGCCGGAUCUGCUUCUACACCGGGAUUCGUUGUGGGGACCCAGAGAAGCGAAACCAUAGAGAGAAUCAUGGAGAUGGGAUAUCCAAGAGAAGAAGUCGAGCGUGCCCUAAGAGCUGCCUUCAACAACCCGGACAGAGCCGUGGAAUACUUACUAAUGGGAAUUCCAGAGAAUCUACGCCAACCGGAGCCACAGCAACAAGCUGCGGCUGCGACCGAAGAAUCAUCGGCCGCAGCUACCGCCGCCACGUCAGACCUACCAGCCGAAGAUGACCUAUUUGCACAAGCUGCUCAAGGCGACAAUGCUUCAUCUGGCGGGCUUGGUUCAGCAGGAGGUGCCGCCGGUGCCGCACAGGGCGGCCCACCGGGUUCCAUCGGCUUAACUGUAGAAGAUUUAUUAUCACUAAGACAAGUCGUUUCAGGUAACCCAGAAGCUUUGGCCCCAUUAUUAGAAAACAUAAGUGCAAGAUAUCCGCAAUUACGCGAACAUAUCAUGGCGAACCCAGAGGUGUUUGUUUCUAUGUUAUUGGAAGCCGUUGGUGAUAAUAUGCAAGAUGUUAUGGAGGGCACAAACGACAUGGUGGAGGGAGAAGACAUCGAAAGUGCAGGAGAAGGUGAUGCUGUGGGACUAGGACAAGGUGAAGGCGAAGGUGAAGGCGAAGGCUCUUUCCAAGUGAACUAUACCCCUGAAGACGACCAAGCCAUUUCGCGCUUAUGCGAAUUGGGGUUUGAAAGAGAUCUAGUCAUUCAGGUGUAUUUCGCAUGCGAUAAAAAUGAAGAAGCCGCAGCUAACAUCCUAUUCAGCGAUCAUGCAGAUUGA